GGAAGUUACAGCGCCUGUGACUCAUUUUCACCUGACAGAAAAUUGUCACCUGACGCACUGACGUCACUCGCAACAAAGGAAGCUUUACAGGAGGAAGGAAACUAUAAUAAAUAUCGGAUUUUUUGGGGUUUGCUGAAGCGUGCGAGCCGGCUUGAGUGAGCAGAAUGCUUGGCUCCGGGUUUAAGGCCGAGCGGCUUCGGGUGAAUUUAAGGCUAGUCAUCAAUCGACUUAAACUACUGGAGAAGAAGAAAACUGAGUUGGCACAGAAGGCUCGGAAGGAAAUUGCUGAUUAUCUAUCCACUGGGAAGGAUGAACGUGCCCGGAUCCGCGUGGAACACAUUAUUCGGGAAGACUAUCUAGUGGAAGCCAUGGAAAUACUAGAACUGUACUGUGACCUCCUUCUGGCACGAUUCGGGCUGAUCCAGUCUAUGAAGGAACUAGACCCUGGUCUUGGUGAAGCAGUGUCCACGCUGAUCUGGGCUGCUCCACGUCUUCAGACGGAAGUCUCAGAGCUGAAAAUUGUGGCGGAUCAGCUUUGUGCAAAGUACAGCAAGGAAUAUGGCAAACUGUGCAGGACAAACCAGAUCGGCACCGUCAAUGACAGGUUGAUGCACAAAUUGAGUGUAGAAGCUCCUCCUAAAAUCCUGGUUGAAAGAUACCUGAUCGAGAUAGCCAAGAAUUACAACGUCCCGUACGAGCCGGACUCUGUCGUCCUGGCGGAGGUCCCUGCUGGAGUGGAGGCUGACCUCAUUGAUGUGGGAUUUACAGAUGACUUUAAAAAAGGAGGCAGCGGUGGGGGUGGUGGUGGAGGUGGAGGAUUUGGAGUACCACUUCCAACCAUCCCAAGUAUGCCGAUGCCAAUGCCAACCCCAAAUAUUCCCUUUGCCUACCCUCCACCUGGUGGUUCGGAGAAUUUCAAUGGACCACCUGUGGGAGGAUUCCAGCCUUACCCUCCUGCAAUGGGUGGAGUGCCCCCGGCAGUACCAUCAAUGCCCCCAAACUACGAAUCUAUUGAUAACAGCGGCCCAAAUGCUCCUCUUCAGCCUGGUCCAGGGUAUAAUGCACCACCUGUUGCAAAGCCACGGACAAAAAUGCCUGAUACGUUUGUUCUUCCCGAGUUGCCUUCCGUUCCAGACACUCUGCCAGCUGCCUCAACGGGCCCUGGCACAUCCUCUUCCGAAGACAUCGAUUUUGAUGACCUCUCACGCCGAUUUGAGGAGCUGAAAAAGAAAACUUAACAGUGGCGUCUCCAACCCCAAGAAGUUUAAUCAUAUCUACCCCUUAUGCAAUGAGAAAUCAUGUAUAUUAUAAUCUAAACACUCCCUGGGAAUCACACAAAGAGGGGCUCUGCUGGUUAUGCAUGUCAUUCCACAGGGGGAGACCCCUUUGGAUAGGGCAAGCGGCCUUUUAUCAUGUUCCUUUUUUGGGUCCUAUGCAGUCUCCUUAAAGAAGCAUAAACGUAAGGCGGUGGACAUUAACUUAAAAUUAUUUGGUCUUGUACAUCCUUUUGGUUACAGGCACUGUUCUUCUCUGUAUGAUCCGGCCAUAACGCAAAUGUAGAUACAGUCUACCAUGCUCAGCUUUUGUGACAUGCGUGGCUUACCCUCUCCUGAU